GCAUCUCAUUAUUCCGAGCUUCCGUCUCCCCCUAUUGGCUCUGGAGAGCUUAUGCUGAGCUGGGGCUUGGUGACAGGAGGAGGCAGCCUGUCCAUAAAAAGAGGGGCAAAAGAGGAGUCCGUUCCAAAGGGGAAGGACCCGAGCUUGGUGCCAGCUGUGACUGCCUCCUGGGUGCCAAAGUGAGGGGACUGCGCAAGAGAGAGGAUCCAGUGGCAAAACAGCAGGCAGCGGAGAGGACCCACCAGAGAGGCUUGCAACUUUCCCAGACUCUGCAAAGAAGCCACCUGCGGCCAGCGCUGUGAAGGGUCAGGGAUUCUCUUGGAGUUGGGGAGGUCUCUGCCUGCAGGUGCCUGUGAGGGAAAAUGGAGUGGCAACUUCUGGGACUGGCCCUUUGCCUGGGUUUGGCUUCCACGGCCGCAGCGGACUGUGCCACCCAGUGCUCGAAGUGUGCUCUUCAUGAACAGGACCUGGAGAAGUUCAUCAACCCCUUAAUUUGCUCUCUGGAGUGCCAGGGGUCCUUGCUGUCCAGUGCGGAGUGGGAGAAGUGCAAGCAGGCGUUGACUGUCUUCACCCCCUUUCUGAUGGAGGGGGAGGCCAAGAGGCUGUCCCAGGUGGAUGAGGAGGAGAAGGCGGAAGAGGAGGGGGAGCUCAGCCCCUGGGAGCUGUACAGUGCGCUGGUCAAACGUUAUGGUGGGUUCAUGAAGAAUCAGGACAAGAAUAAGAUCUUUGCUCUGCUCCGUGAAAACACCCAUGCCAGGGGCGACAUCAGCAAGAAGUAUGGCGGGUUCUUCCGCAAGAUUGGGGAAAGGGCAGCUUCCGAGAUGGGGGCAGAGGAAGACGACCCAGCAGUGCUGGAGACUGGGGAUUUGGGCUACAAUGGGGCAGACUCAGACACGGGGUCUCCCAAGGAUGAGAUGAAGCGUUAUGGGGGCUUCCUCAGAAAAUAUCCCAAGAGAGGUUCAGAAGUGGCAGCUGUUGAAGAUGACGGGCAAGAGCUGGAAGGCCUGCACAAGCGGUAUGGAGGCUUCAUGCGCAGAAUCCGCCCCAAGCUCAAGUGGGACAAUCAGAAGCGCUAUGGUGGGUUCCUACGGCGCCAGUUCAAGGUGACCACCAGGUCAGAGGAGGAGCCCAGCGCCUAUUCAGGUGAGGUCUCUGACCUAUAGAGACCGCAGGCUGCGGAAACCAAGCUCUUCUCAGUCAAAAUACUUCCAAGUAUGAACUGUAUGGAUCGCCUCACUCCCAUCUUCUAAUCCCAGUGCUCAGCCCAGCUGUGCAAAUACUGCCUGCAAAUCUCUUAAUGGGGGGGAACUGACUGACAGAAUGGGGGCACCACCUGGCUACGGAUGUCAGGCAUUUCAGGUUCUGGAUCUGAGAUGUACUCCUCUGGAACGGUCUGCUAGAACAGGGAUCCCAAACCUUGGAUCCCUGGAUAUUGUUGGGCGACAACCCCCAUAAUCCCCAGGCAUAAUGGUUGAAGGCUAUUGUGACUGGGGAUUAUGGGAGUUGUAGUUCAACAACCUCUGGAGAUUCAAGGUUGGGACACCCUUUUCUAGCAGACGGAAUAAGACUUCAGAGACUGCAGCCAGACUGUAGCCUUUUUGAGAGUGUUGAAAGGGGUAUGAUGGAAGCAUACGAUCUGUAGACUUUGCCCAUUUCUGGGUGUCUUCACACAUUACAUUUUCUAGAUGUACACCUAAGAUGUCUUUGAAUCAUAGAAUGUUAGGGAUGGAAGGGACCUUGGAGGUUCAACCCCCAGCUCAGGGUAGGAAGCUGCUACUUUAAAAUGUUACACUUGAAUAUGAAAAAAAAAGGUGUUUCAGAACAUACCGAUUGCCCAGGACACUCCUCCAAGAGCCAAGACUGCCCACUGCUGUCCCACGCUGUUGAGUGUGACGUUAGUGGCAAACCACAAUUCCUGGUUGUGGAAUGUGUGAAAUAGCCCUCUGUUUGCUUCAGAAGUCUGCAAAGCCUGCUUGAUCUGAGAGAACAGUGGGAGAAUGUCUGUAUGAUGCCACCUUCAGCUCUCUUGAAAAAUGCUGAAGCCUCAGUGAGCUGAAAGUAGUAGGAGCAUCAGUUCUGGUUCUGGUCAAGCAGGUUUUUCAAACGCUAUCAGAAACCUGCACGCCCUGUUUAAUGGAAGCAAUAGAAAGAUGAGUGCCCGAUCAGGGUCAUGAUUCUUCCAUCUUCUGUCACCUAAAGAAAUUAUCAUAUACAUGUCUAGCCUGAUUCAGAAUCAGACCUGCCUGCUAUUCCAAACUCAUCAGGGAUUUGCCUUGGAAAUGCCAGCCUGGCUUGUUGUGGAGCUGUGUGUGCCUCCAUCCAUAUGCUACUGGGGAAAUGCAGAUCCUGUGCUUGGUAGCAGAUUGCCACUAGUCUAAACCAGGAGCAAACCAAUCUGAAAGGGCAAGUUGUCCCAAAGCGAGUGGCAAUUUGCUACAGCAGGUGGCCUUAACCUUAGGUCCCCAGAUACAGCUGGACUGCAGUUCCCAUCAUUCCCAACCUUCAAUCAUCGUGGCAGGGGAUAAUGGGAGUUGUAGUCCCACAACAUCUGAGGACCCAAGACUGGGAACCUUUGGAUUAGACACUCCAUGGAGGAUAGCUCUGUCAAGGCUGCUACCCAUGACAGCCAGAUGCCAGUGAAUGCCAGCUGCAGAGCUGCCAUGGAAGGAGGCUAUUGCCAUGAAGACCGGCAUCUGGCUUCCCUUGGGGCAUCUGGCUUCGGUACUGAGGCAGCCUGGCUCCUUUGAGAGCUGCUUCUGCCUCUGAAUACUAGCUGCAGAGGAGCAGCAGGAGGAGAGAGAGGGCAUGCCUUCAUCUCCUUCUUGUGGGCUGUGGGAGGCAUCUGGUGGGCCACGGUGGGGAAAAGGAGGCUGGACCAGCUAAGCCUUUGGUCUUCUUAUGAUCUUCUUAUGAAGGUUCUUAGCUGCAUGGACUGUUUCUGUGUGGAUCUUCCUCUCUGCUCAGGGUUUUAAGGUUCAUCGCUCCCACAGUUCCACGAGGAAGCCAACUCCCGAAUCGUUACCAUUCUAGCAGCCAACCCCUCCCCCUCCCCCCCUCAUUUCCAGCCUAGGGCAGUGGUAGACUCCCUGGCACAAAGGCCACAAGCCCUGUCAUUAGCCCGCACAUUGAAGUGCAUUUCUCAUAGGACGCAACAUCCUAUUCAAGCCACCUUUCCCAGCUCCCAUUGUUAUAGCCACCUAUUUGGCGUCUCUCCGAGUUAAUGCUAUUUGUUCUCGACACACCCCUCAUAAUGGGGUGUCUCCCCAGGAGAGCGUCACACACAGCUUGCUUUUAUUCCAGCUAAAUUGUAGCUCUGACCCUUUGCAGCAAGGGAAACAAGGCACAUUAACUAAGCCGUGCAAUAAUAACCCUCUUACCCGGUUGCUGAAGUAAUCUGGAGGUAACCUGCAAUUUGUCAGCAGCCGUUGGGACUUUACUAGCCCCCUGUAAAGGCUGCAGGUGCAGUCUCUCUACAUGUGUGAGGCAUGCAUAUGUUUCCUGUGCUGCCUGCAGGCUGGCCAUUCAUCAGGUAGAGCUGCGCAGCUCUACCUGAUUAAUGGCCAGCCUGCAGGCAGCAGGGCUCUCGGGCAGGGUGGGAGAGAGAAGCAACCCCAGCUGCUGCCAAGAAUUAGAGGCAGCUGCACCUCCUUUGGCACCCCUUGGCUUAUUAGCGCCCCCUGGUGCCCCCCCUGAUGAGCUGCUACCAUUUGAAGGGCUCUUUAAUUACCCUCUAUUAGAUAGGAUAUACUUACAGUUCCAAUAAAUGUUGCACUACACAGAGCUGAGAAGACGCUGCCUUUGGAUGCAGCCUCAUAAAGAAUGUUGUGUAAUUUGUAAGUUACUACAUACUUACUUGCACCACCAAAACGUUGGCCCGAUGAAAACAAGCUCCCAUAUUGAGUUGAUGCACACACAAUUAUAGUGGCACAAAAAUGGUUCUCCUCCCACGUCCAGUACUAUCUUGAAAUAUUAUUGAGCAGCAGCUUCAGCCAUGACAUUUUUCUGCAUCUAGGCUGGAGACGUUUUAAGUGUACAUUUGAAAAUGGAAGUGUGAACAAUUAGUGGGCAAACGUCUGCUUGCCAUCACGUGUUGUAUGUUAUAUGGAGACAUUCCACAGGCAACCAGGACUGGGUGUGGCUCCCUCCAAAGAAGGCUGUCCUUAGAGAGCCCUGGUGGGGGUGGAGGGCCUGGGGUAAAUCAGCUAGCGUGGGUCUCCCUUCCCAUUAAUUUUAAUAGGGGUUAAAUGAGUGGGGGGCCUUCCCUAAGGAGAGCCCUGCCUCCAAAUGCAUCUGUAGUGACUAAUUUGAGAUUGUCACUGUGGAUUGUGCAAAAAGAUCCCCAAAGCCCCCUGUUUUCCUGCACUGGGGGAAUUCUAAGAAGAAAGACACCAGCCGUUCUUCUGAGCGGGCAGGUAGAGUUCACCCUUGUUUGGUGCAUGUAAGAGCAGAAUUGGAAUCGACCCUUCACUGUAUGAGGGUUUUUGGAGAAAUGGGGACUUAUUGCAGACCAAAGGCUUUGAGAUCCUCUCUCUCUCUCUCUCUCUCUCUCUCUCUCUCUCUCUCUCUCUCUCUCUCUCUCUCUCUCAUAUUAGAAUCUGGGACCCAAGAAAUUGAUUAGCAGAAAUUGAUCAUUCAGGGCAAACUGAAGGAAGGGUUUCACGCAAUACAUAGUUAAUUUGUGGAAUUCAUUGCCAUAAGAUGUGACGGCCGUUGGCUUAGAGGUAUUUCAGAGGGGGGUUAAACAAAUUCAUAGAGAAGCAUCUCUCUGUCAUUGGGUAUAAGUCAUGAUGGCUAACUAGUACUUACAUGUUCUAACUGCACUUUUAUGUACAGAGGCAGUGUCUCUCUGAAUACCAGAUGCCAGGGGGCAAUUGGAGGAGAAGGCAUUGACUUUUGAGCCCUGCUUGUGGGUUUCUCAGAUAUAUUCAGUGUGGAAAGCGGGAUGCUGGACUAACGGGGGGGGGGGGCUGGAAUUACUCUACGUCACACAUUCUAAGUCAAUGCAAUUGUUGAUGAGGACUGAGGCCCAGUUCAUACAUGCAUUGAAUCAGUUCUUAUUGUUUUGAUCAUUUGCAUGUGGGAAUGGGCAUCACACAUUCAUUUCCACAGAUAUAAUUUGAUAGAAUGUGCCGAAAGAAUGAUCGGAAGAAGACUCUUACUUUAUUAAAAUUAACUGGUCUUAGCCUGGUGAACCACCCAGCCUACCAGUACCUGUCCUAACCAAAAUGCUCACCAAGUUCAACAUUCAGCUGAAUUGAGUUUUUGACUUUGAAAUUUGAUUUUACCCACAACUGAAAAACCAAAUGGUUACGUCUGGCUGGUAAUUUCUAAGCCAGUUCCACGAUACCCACUGCCUUUCAAAUCAAUAUAAUAUAGAAUUGAGAAUGCAAAACUCAGGUGAAUAGACAUUUUAAUGUUGCAAGCACAUUCAAAGUUUUAGGAGAAUGUGCUAGAACUUUAAACUUUUCAGACCCAGGACUCACCUUUUACCACAGCCUGAGACUCAGAAACCCAGUUUUAAUCUUUUAACGUCCAUCUCUCACUUUCCCUUUUGAAAGGGAUACCUACACCGCAGAUGUAUUAGAGCCCUACACAUAUUAUGUCCAUGUACAGUAGAACACUUCCGAUCUAUACCCUGCCUUUGUGGGGGAUCGUACCCAGGUUCACUUUUAAAACGAGCACAAAUACAGGCAGCCAUUCCCAUACAAACAUGUCCCUGUGUACAGACCCCCCAGACGCAUAUAGAAUGUAAUGUCUGUAUAGGAAUUAGCUUUGCUGUCGUUCCUUCUUCCCAAGGAUCCUUGGGAAUUGUGGCUGGUGUGUGUGUCUGUGUGGCAUGGCAAUGUCUAGAGAGCGCUAGCAGAAUUCUUCACAUGUGUGCUAAAUUAACAUCUCCAGGAUAUUUUGGAUGUUGGUGUGCGAGUCAUGCCUGCAAGGCUAGUAGAGAACCAGAAGACACAUGCAGUGUAAACCUGCAGUCAUUCUCUCUCUCUCUCUCUCUCUCUCUCUCUCUCUCUCUCCCCCUCCUUUUGUCUUUCUCCUUCUCUUUCCUUUUGUCUUUCUCCUUCUCUCUCCUUUUGUCUUUCUCCUUCUCUCUCCUUUUUCCUUUUAAAGUGAACAUUCUCCACCACUGGCACAAUGGACCUCAAAUCAAGCCUUAAACCACCUACUGAAAACAAGUUAGAGCAGCUCCUCUUUCUCCCAGUCAGCUUCAACUGUAAUAUCCCUUCAGAAGAUUAACUAGCAGCAUCUCCAGCCUGAGAUUUUGGCCUUGGGAAACCCAGCUGGAACGGAGCUCCAUCCCUGCCCCAUGUCCACCACCAUUUGCUGGACAGCUGCCGGUCAAUGCAUCGUCCCAGCUGGUGUGCCUUCCCCGCAGUGCUCCCUUUCUCCAGUUGAUUGCUCAUGAUUCAAUGGAUUCCAAGAUGCCCAGAGCCACUGGACAAACAGCUGAUGGCCAUGGAUCUCCCAGUCCCUAAAGACCCAGUAUUACAGUUCCUAUCUAUAUAUCUUCUGUGCUUCCUUUUCGGGUAUUAGGUGUGUGGUCUGAUGCAAGUCAGUCUGUGUUUCCUUCAUUUCUAGCUGUUGCCGAGGUCACAGGUUCCCAGCCUUAGGGGUUCCCAGAUGUUGUUGGACAACAACUCCCAUCAUUCCAUUAUUAUUCUUGAGCCAUUGUGGCUGGGGAUGAUGGGAUUCGUAGUCCAACUUCUGGAGGCCCAUGGCUGGGAACUCUUGACCUAGAUGCUUUAGGUAGCCCUCAGCUGUUCUACUGAAACUCUCCCCUCUACCUUGGAUCAGGACCAAGAGCAACUAAGGCGGGGAAAGCCCCAGAUCUGGCUACUUCCAUAAACAGUUUAAAAAUAUAGAAUCACUCCCACAAACCGACCUCCCUUCUGUAUAGGUUGCACCCAAUCCAUUUAUUAUCAUGAAAAUUAUAUACUGUAUUUUCACAAAUGUAACCUGCAUGUGAGUAGAAUCCACAGCUGACCGUUGGAGAUGUUUUAAAAAACCUUGUAAUUCCUGCACCCUUGUCUUGCCCUCCCGCUUUGCAUUUGCUUUGGAUUAUCUGCUCUUCCUGAAUGAGUACAGAUAGCAACUGAUCAUGGGUUAUGUUAAAAAAACCCCACACAAACCCAUGUAUUCCCUGCAAAGGUCUGUCUUUAACCUACAUGAAUCAGUCCCGUUGGCUGUUUGUGUCUUAUGAGAGAGCGAGCGAGUGAGCGAGCGAGAGAGAGAGAACUGAACACAGGCCAUGUAGCAUAAAUGAAACUCCGCACAAGUUCAGCAAAAUUUCAGGAUUUGCAUUUUGAAUGGCAAAUUAUUUUUCAAACAUCCCUUUUGACAUUCAGCCUUGAAGGAUGCCUAAAAAAGAAGAAGAAGAAGAAGAAGAAGCCCUAAAUCCUAAUUCUUGUUUGUCACUUUUAAGACAACACCAUUCACUUGCUAAAUGCAAGACUUUCACACACACACACACACACACACACACACACACACACACACACACACGGAAAACCCUGCUUGUCACCAUCAGCACCAAUCACUGGGAAUGCUGCAAGGAAAUUUGUCACUGGGAGAAAAUAAACCCCAAAUGUUUCCAAGUGAGUCCUGGGCUGGGCCAGUCUGGACAGUCAGACUUUCACGUGCUGCUGUGUGUGAUGAUGGGAUGUCGGCCGAUGCACCGCUUGGCUCAGCACUGCCCUCCCCAUCUCUCUCCGAGUCCCUCGUGUCGUUCUUUUGUGUACUGGUAGUUUGGGACUUUGUCUGGGCAGUUUUGCCCAAGAUUUCAAGGACCAAUAAAGUAUCGGGCGUGCCCAGCACCAACCAGGUUGGUUUCACCCCUUGACUCUCCUCUCUGUGAAAAAUAAAAAGAAACAUGUCAAUGAG